AUGUCCCGGAUAGACAAAUGUUGUGUAAAAAACUGUUCUGGUAAUAGUAAAUCACGGUUUUCAAUACCAAAAAAUGCCCAUGAAAAAUGGGAAAAAGCAGUGGGAAUAACUUUGGGUAAAAGAUCGAGAGUGUGUGGAGAUCAUUUUUCGAAAGAAAAUAUAAUAGAUACUUGGGUGUCUGGACAAGGAACAAGUGCUUAUUCAAUAUGUUUAAAAAAACCUCGAUUGAGAGAAGGAGCUAUACCAACUUUAUUUUUAGGCAAUGGCAAUUCAGAUAAAAAUUCAUUCUGUGAAGAUGUGAAUAUAUGUCAAAAUGAAGCUGAACAAUUAUUAUCAAAAACAUCUUUACCAAAUGUUGUAUAUACUGACCAAGAUGUUUCAAUUGAACCAACCGCUGUUUAUAAUGAAGUCGCAGAAUGUACUGAAAUGUCUUCGACCAAUUACAUCAGUAAAUCACAACAUCAUAAUAUGAUUCAGGAAUCUUUAUUUGAUUUAAUAAAUAAACGUGUGGCUAUUAAAUUACCUGCAAAAUGGUAUACUGAUGUUUCGUUAAAUAGUUUUGAAAAGAAAUUAACAAAGUCAUUUUUCAAAUUAACUGAAUUCAAUCAGGAUUACCGACGUAUCAUUUCAAAACAACUGAUAGUAACUCAAGAUUCUAAGAUUAUAGUUCAUGUAAUGAAUAAAGAAAUUAAUGAGGAACAACAACAACAGUAUUUUCCAAUGUUAUGUCAUUCAGUAAUAUCUGUACAAGAUAUAGAAUGUGCGAUUGAAAAUCUUAAUUUAUUAAAAAUAUGUAAUGGUGCUGUUAUAACAAGUAAAUUUCCUAAUGUAAAAGCAUCAAUCAGUUCUCAAUGUGUAAAGGUUAAUGGCUAUUGGAAACACUUGAACUGUUCCAGUUUUAUAAGGGACAACAGGUAUUAA